AUGGCUUCAGACUACAAGUUCCAAGGCUGGAUGGGCCUCAACAAGGACUCGGCCAAAGGCAACCUGGUGUGGCAAGAGUACACUCCCAAACCCUUCGAGGAGACUGACAUUGACAUCAAAAUCACUCACUGCGGCAUCUGCGGUUCUGACCUCCACACCCUUCGCAGUGGCUGGGGUGCCUCGCUUUACCCCGUCUGUGUCGGUCACGAAAUCGUCGGUACCGCGGUACGAGUCGGAUCUAAAGCCGAGGGCGGUAUCAAUCCCGGGGAUCGUGUUGGAGUUGGCGCUCAGAGCCUCUCUUGUCUUCGACCCGACUGUGAAGAGUGCUCCAAUGACGCCGAAAACUAUUGCCAAAACGGCCAGACCACCACCUACAAUAGCAAGUAUCCGGAUGGCAGCAAGUCCUAUGGAGGAUACGCCGAUUACUGGCGCGGGCCUUCUCAUUUCGUCUUCAAAAUCCCCGACGCUCUGGCCAGCGAUGUGGCUGCGCCUAUGCUCUGUGGAGGGAUCACAGCGUUUUCACCACUGACGCAAUACGGGGCCGGGCCCGGCAAAAAAGUUGGUAUUAUUGGACUGGGCGGUCUGGGUCAUUUCGGUGUCAUGGGAGCAAAGGUCCUAGGUGUUGAUAAACUUGUCGCUAUCUCACGAACCUCGUCCAAGAAGGCCGACGCCAUGAAGAUGGGUGCAGACGACUUCAUUGCCACCGACGAGGACAAAGACUGGGCCACGAAGCACAGAAACUCUCUCGACAUCAUCGUCAGUACCGUCUCUAGCCCGAAGAUGCCUUUGCCCCAAUACCUCCAACUCUUGAGAGUCAAUGGUGUAUUCGUCCAAAUCGGUGCCCCUGAAGACAACAUCCCCUCAUUCAACGCGUUCUCUCUUCUGGCAAAGAAGAUCAAAGUCACCGGAAGCGGCAUUGGCAGUCCAAAGGAGAUCCGGGAGAUGCUGGAUCUGUUUGCAAAGAAAGGCGUGCACACCUGGAACAACAAUGUUCCCAUGAAGGAUGUCAAUAAGGCUAUCGUUGAUAUGGAUGCUGGAAAGGCAAGAUAUCGCAUUGUUCUUGUGAACGAGAAGCAUGCAUCACAUAUCUAA